AUGCCGCCGCCGUCGCCAUCGUUAGCGGCCAACAGAGUCUCCCUCCGGGAGCUGGCCGACCUGGCAAUCGGCACGCCAGAGGUGGGAGCGGUGAACUUCACGGCCCUGCACACACUGAUAGUGGCCAUGCUCAAGAGCCUCAACCUCCAAGGGGUACUUAUUGACUUCCACUACCCGUCGGCCGAGUCCGGCCGCUCACUUGAUGUGGUCCGAAGCUCCCUUAGCACCCCGCAUGUGUCAAGCAGCAAAGAGAGGCGCCGGAGUCUGUCCAGACAGUCACUGCCUUCGCAGACGCUGGAGAGCCAGGUGAAGGACCUGGGCACCCAGGUACUGGACCUCAGCAAGCAGAUUAAGAAUAUGGACAACAAAGUGCAUGGCAUUGCCACACACAUGGAGCACAUCUCCGGAGUCUCUGACCUCUACCCGGAGUUCCAAAGGCUGGAAGAGGAGAUGACUCUGGUGGCCCCACAGGCAUCCCCACAGGCAUCUCCACAUAUAUCCUCACAGAUAUCCCCACAGAUAUCUCCGACAAAGUCCACCAGGCUCUAUGAAUCCAUAGAGAUGCAGGAGAAGUCUGAGCCCACAGCUGGGAUGCCCCCCCAGGUGAUACAAUCAAGGCCCUCGAAGACUCAGAAAGAAAUCAGCCCACCCAAGCCCAUGAAUGUGCUCCAAGACCUUGUAGAAGACGUAAAAGCCCUGAAGGAAGCCCACCAGAAGGUGCAGGAGUUCCCUGAACUGAAUGCCCAGGUACUCCUUCAGCGUGUUAAUGAGCUAGAGAAGGUAGUAAAGGACCGACAGGAAUAUCUGAGCUCAGAUUCAUCAACAGCAACAUUUGGCAGGCGCAGCAAAAUGACAUCAUUGACAUCAACUGAGUUUCCCAGUGGAGUAUUUCCCAAGGCCUCCACUGCUGACCAGGCUCGGGGUUCUACUGGUGGCCCAGAACAGAUCUUAACCAGUGGUGUAGAACACCCCACUGAAAGAAUUAUUAGCGGAGAUGAGAGCAUCUCUAGUGCUGGAUUUCGAGAUCUGCACCCAGGGGCCCGCGAGCCAUCCCAGAUCACCACAGAAACAGAUCGCCAGAGGACUGUGGACUAUGUAGCUUCCACACGUCAAAGAAAAGAUGAGCAACAGCCUGGCCCAACUCAACAGGACUUACUCCCAGCCAGAGACCAGUAUGGUGGGGUGCCCAUUAGUCAGGGUCCAGUCUACCCAACUCCAGAUGUGCAUGGGAUUGGACCAUUUGUCAUGGAUCAACCUGCAAUCCUGUAUCCUGGCCCUUAUCCUCCUGCUUUGGUACCCUUCACUAUGGGCCAGCUUGGUGUAUUACCACCAGAAAUGGAUGACCAGGGAUUGGUACCUUUUGGUAUGGGUCAGAGUGGUGUGCUGCCACCUGACAGGGGUCAACAAGGACUGGAAAGACUUCGUACAGCUCAGCUUGCUACAGUUCCAUUCAGCACAUAUCAGCAAGUUAUGAUGCUUCCUAGAACAGACCAACAUGGCAUGGAACAGGCUGUCAUGUAUGACAGUGGUCUGGGACCAUGGGACAUGGAUAGGCAAGGGUUGAUACCAGUUGGCAUAGAUCAGCAUGGAUUUGUAAUAUUAGGCACGAGUCAGCAAGGGCUGAUUCCUCCUGGUGUGGAUCAGCAGGGACUGGUAAUGCCUGGCAUAGACCAGCAUGCAUUUCCUCCAUCUCUUCCAGAUCAAUAUGGCUUGGUGUCACCUGGUCUGACACAAGCAAGUACAGACCAACAAGGUUUUGGGCAGCCCAGCUCAGAAGCACCAGGCUUCAUGCAGCCCGGUGUAGAUCAGCGAGGCACGGUGCAGCCCGGUGUAGAUCAGCGAGGCACGGUGCAGCCCGGUGUAGAUCAGCGAGGCACGGUGCAGCCCGGUGUAGAUCAGCGAGGCACGGUGCAGCCCGGUGUAGAUCAGCGAGGCACGGUGCAGCCCGGUGUAGAUCAGCGAGGCACGGUGCAGCCCGGUGUAGAUCAGCGAGGCACGGUGCAGCCCGGUGUAGAUCAGCGAGGCACGGUGCAGCCCGGUGUAGAUCAGCGAGGCACGGUGCAGCCCGGUGUAGAUCAGCGAGGCACGGUGCAGCCCGGUAUAGAUCAGCAUGGCACGGUGCAGCCCGGUGUAGAUCCACGUGUUUUGAUGAGGCCUGAACCAGAUAGGCGUAGUUCAGAACCUGCUAGGACAGAUAGGCCAAGUUUGGUACAGUCUGUUGCAGAUCGGCGUAGUUCAGCACCCUUGCCGGCAGAUCGGCGGAGUCUGGGGCAGCCUGGGGCAAGUUGGAGAGGUUCAGCAGGUAGGCAGAGUUUAGUACAGCCAGGGGCAGAUCAACGUGGUUUGGUACAGCCUGGCACAGACCAAACAGGAGCAGUCCAGCCCGGCCUGGUGCAACCAGGGGCAGUCCAGCCCGGCCUGGUGCAACCAGGGGCAGUCCAGCCCGGCCUGGUGCAACCAGGGGCAGUCCAGCCCGGCCUGGUGCAACCAGGGGCAGUCCAGCCCGGCCUGGUGCAACCAGGGGCAGUCCAGCCCGGCCUGGUGCAACCAGGGGCAGUCCAGCCUGGCCCGGUGCAACCAGGUGCAAUUCAACCUGGCAUGAUGCAUCCAGGAGUAAUUCAACCUGGCAUGAUGCAACCAGGUGUAAUUCAACCUGGCAUGAUGCAACCUCUUGGUGCAGUUCAGCAUGGGCUGGUACAGCCAGAUGUAUAUGCACCUGGGUUGAUGCAACUUGGUGCAAUUCAGGAUAGUUUGGUACAACCUGAAAUACAUCAGCGUGGUUUUGUGCAGCCUGGUGCAGAUCAGCUUGAUAUGGCACAACCAGGGGCAGUCCAGCCCGGCCCGGUUCAACCAGGGGCAGUCCAGCCCGGCCCGGUUCAACCAGGGGCAGUCCAGCCCGGCCCGGUGCAACCAGGGGCAGUCCAGCCCGGCCCGGUGCAACCAGGGGCAGUCCAGCCCGGCCCGGUGCAACCAGGGGCAGUCCAGCCCGGCCCGGUGCAACCAGGGGCAGUCCAGCCCGGCCUGGUGCAACUAGGGGCAGUCCAGCCUGGCCCGGUGCAACCAGGUGCAAUUCAACCUGGCAUGAUGCAACCAGGUGUAGAUCAGCAUGGCCUGGUGCAACCUGGGGCAUUUCCUACUGAUCAGCCUGGCUUGUUGCAGCCUGGGGCAGAUCAGCCUGGCUUGUUGCAGCCUGGGGCAGAUCAGCCUGGCUUGUUGCAGCCUGGGGCAGAUCAGCCUGGCUUGUUGCAGCCUGGGGCAGAUCAGCCUGGCUUGUUGCAGCCUGGGGCAGAUCAGCCUUACUUGUUGCAGCCUAGGACAGAUUGGUUUAGUAUGAUGCAGCUAGGAAGAGUGCCUGGUGCAGUCCUUCAGGGCUUGGUUCAGCCUGAUUCAUAUCAGCGGCAAAUACUAACUUCUGAACAAGUACAAGGCCAAGCUGGGCAAGAUAUUCUUCCCGUCCUGGACCAUCAAGACUCAGACCAACAGGUUCCAGGUGAAGGCCCGACAAUCCCAGGUGCAGUUCAGUAUGAUCAAACCCAGGCUGCCCCGAGUUACAGUGGCCCAGAGCCCAGAGCUUACACAUCUGGCCACAUCCUUUGGGAUCCAAGCAGGAAACCUACCUCAGUCCAAUUUGAAUUGGCUACCCCAGGGGGCUCACACCAAGCUACCACCGACUCCAGGAUUCGAGACUUGAGCUAUCUCCACCGAUUCUCAUCAACAAGUGAGACCCGCAGUGAUGGACAGGAGUCACUGGAAAAACUGGCUCCAAGCUUCCCCAUGGCAGUGGAGACAUUCCGCCUGAUGGGUGAGAUCAUCGGUCUUUAUGUGGAGCUGAAGGAUCGCAUGAAGGACUUGGAUGAGGAACACGCCGGCCAGACUGACUUGGAGAAAAUCCAGUACCUACUCGCCAUGAUGGUCAAAAAGACCAUACCUCAGGACCUGCAAGACCAGCUGAAGAGCCUAAAGGCCUUGAACAGAGAAGUUCGACAGGACAAGGCCAAACUAGAAAAGAUCCAGAAGUUGCUGGAUACUGAAGGAUCUGCAACGAAGGAUGUGAAGCCUAGUCAUCUGAGCUUGCAGCUGGGCAUCCUCAGAGUCACCGUGUCUGACAUCGAGAAGGAGCUGUCUGAGCUGAGGGAGAGCCAAGAGAGAGGCAAGGCUGCCAUGGAGAAUUCAGUCUCCGAAGCCUCCCUCUACCUGCAGGAUCAGCUGGACAAGCUCAGAACCAUCAUCGAAAGCAUGCUGAGCUCCUCCUCCACGCUGCUAUCCAUGAGCAUAACCCCACACAAGUCCACUAGCACCCUGGUGCCUGGCCAGAUCGACCCCGAGGCCACCUGUCCAGCCUGCAGUCUGGAUGUGAGCCACCAAGUCAGUCUGCUGGUACAGCGUUACGAGCAGCUGCAGGACAUGGUCAGCGGCCUGGCUGCCUCCAGGCCUUCCAAGAAGGCCAAGCUGCAGAGCCAGGAUGAGGAGCUGCUGGGCCACGUGCAGAGUGCCAUCCUGCAGGUCCAGGGUGACUGUGAGAAGCUCAACGUCACUACCAGCAAUCUCAUUGAGGACCAUCGGCAGAAGCAGAAAGACAUUGAAGUGCUGUACCAGGGAAUAGAGAGACUGGAUAAGGAAAAGGCUGACCGAGAUCAUCUGGAGAUGGAGAUUGACGUAAAAGCGGACAAGAGUGCUCUGGCAUCCAAAGUGAGCCGCAUCCAAUUUGAUGCUACCACAGAGCAGCUGAACCACAUGAUGCAGGAGCUGGUGGCCAAGAUGAGUGGCCAGGAGCAGGACUGGCAGAAACUUGUGGACAAGCUCCUGGCAGAGAUGGACAGCAAGCUGGACCGCCUGGAGCUGGACCCAGUGAAGCAGAUGCUGGAGGAUCGCUGGAAAUCGCUGCGGCAGCAGCUCAAAGAGCGCUCUCCACUCUACCAGGCAGACGAGGCGGCUGCCAUGCGGAGGCAGCUCUUGGCUCAUUUCCACUGCCUGUCCUGUGACCGUCCCUUGGAGACAGCUGUGACUGGACAAGUCAUCUCCAUGACCCCUAUAGUUCCCAGCAUGCCGGGGCACCGUUCUGUCCGGCCUUAUACUGUGUUCGAGCUAGAACAGGUCCGACAGCAGAGCCGCAACCUGAAGCUGGGCAGCAGCUUUGCUCGAGGUGAUCUGUCACAGAUGGAGAGGAGCGUGGGGCGCCUGCGCAGCAUGCACUCCAAGAUGCUGAUGGACAUCGAGAAGGUGCAGAUCCACUUCGGAGGCUCUGUGAAGGCCAGCAGCCAGAUGAUCCGAGAGCUGCUACAUGCCCAGUGCCUUAGCCACCCAUGCUACAAACGGGGAGUAGACACGGCGGAUUAUACCUACUCAACUGUGCCCCGUCGCUGUGGCGGCAGCCACACCCUCACCUACCCUUACCGCCGAAACCGCCCACAGCACCUGUCCCCACUGGAGGAGAUCCAGAUUGCCAUGAAGCAUGAUGAGGUCGACAUCUUGGGCCUUGAUGGACACAUCUACAAGGGACGAAUGGAUACAAGGUUGCCAGGCAUCCUAGGGAAAGAUGCCCCAGGAAUGGCAAAGCACAAGUCGAAGCAGCUGCAGCAGCUGCAGCAGCUACAGCAGUACCAGCAGCUGCAGCAGUUCCAGCAGCUGCAGCAGGCCCAGCAUGCCCGGCCCCACAUGCACAGACAGCCAUCCCUGGACAACAGCGGCCUGCCGCCCUCUCGGCCUCAGAGUGCACAGACGGCUGGCAGCAAUUCAGGUAGCUUCCUUGUGGCAGCCUGA